CACUUACGGAGCCCGGAGCUCGCCGGGCUCGCGGAGAGUGCUCCGGGCGGUGUUUCGCCUGAGCAUCGCCGCAAACUCCAGCCGCCAGAACGCGGUGUCCUUGUGCUGUCAGUCCGGAGUGUCCGCACGUCGGCCGGCACCGCGCAGCCGCACGUCGAGAGCCCGGUGCAUCGUCGCAGCGCGCGGAACACAAUCCCCCGGGGCCGACAGGCAUCCCAGCACCUUAAGGACGCCGCGCGCCCCGGGCCCAGCACGGCCCUCGUGUCCCGCGGCCCGGACACCCCAAGGCCCCCGGGGACCCAGCACCUCAAAGGCCCCUGGGCCUCAGCUCUCCAGAGCCCCCUGGCCCCAGAUCUCCGGAGUCGCCGCUCGUCCUGGGACCCCUCCAAGCAGGCCAGGCCCCUAGCACUCCUGCACGCCGGGCGGUAAGGCCUGCCUGCAGCGCCUGGGGCGCGCUGCCACUUGUUGAAUCACUUCUCGUGUUGACUUUGAGACCUGUUGUCGCCAUGCUGAGCCCGUGGGCCCCUGAGCCCACUGUCUCUGGGACUCAGUGAUUGUUACUAUGUAAUCAGGAAGCAGGAAGUUUGACGAGAUAUGCUGGUUCCUUAAGGGAAUCCUGAGAGCAGAUACUCCCCAAGGACUUGUGGAAGGUGACUUGGAAGUGUAUUCCGAAGCCACUUUUCUGCGUAGACUGAAGGGUGUAGACACAGCCCUGAAGAGUCCAUGGAAAUGGGUCAGCAUCGUUAAGUCAGAGCUCAGAGCUAUAACCCUGAGUUUUAGCUCAGACCUGAUGGCUUGAGCCUGCUGAUGUCCAGUGUUCUGGAAAUCCAGUGCCCAUAGAUGUGGACCAAGGAAGAGCCCCGACCAUGGUCACUCUUAUCACAGAGAAGCUGCAGAACCAGAGUUUGGAUGAUCUUACCCGAAGGGCCCAUGAGACUGGCCUGUACUCUGCUGAGAAACUGAACAAAAGUGGCCAUUUGUUCCCUUUGGAGAUUGGCGUAGACAAAAGUCCCUGGAAGUCCUUACAUGGAGCAUGGCCCAUUGGAAGCCAGGCGGCCUCAGGCCACUUCCCUUUGGGCCCACUUGGUGUGUCUCACACUGAAGGUCUCAAAUGGCAGCUGGCAUCUCCAGGGCCUAUGGAUGUGGGCAGCUUCUUGGACCUCCGUGAGAGCACAGGGCCACCCGCAGCACCACCGACCAAGCGACACUGCCGGUCCCUGUCAGAACCAGAGGAACUGGCUCGAUGCCGCUCCCCUUGGCGCCCUAGUAGCUCCAAGGUGUGGACUCCCAUCUCUAAGAGGAGAUGCAACAGUGGUGGCAGUGCCACUCUGCAGUGCUGCAGUGGCCUUGGGAACCCUGCCCUGCAGGGAAGUCUAGGCCCAGGCCUACCCAGGAGUCCUGUGUCACCUGCUGGCCCUGCCUCCCCACUGACACCCCGGCCAGCUUCAGCCAGCAGUGGCUUUGUGGACGGCAGUGAAGGCAGUACAAGCUCAGGUCCACCUUGGCUUUCUGCAGGACGCUGCUCAUUUUCCUCCAGGCGCCGACUGUCCCUCUCACAAGAGCACCUUGUAGAUGCAAGCGCUUGCCUGCCUUCAGCCAGCAGCACCCCCACAUCCACACCUGAGCUAGGCCGACACCAUGGCCUCCUCCGGUGCCGCUCACAGCCUUGUGUAUUGGAUGGGAGGAGGGUCCGGCGCAAGCGGAGACGGGAGGAGGAUGCCAGGUGGACACGCCCAUCCUUGGACUUUCUGAAAAUGACACGGACUUUAAAAAACUCAAAGAGCCUUUGCUCCCUGGACUAUGAAGAUGAUGAGGACGACACCCAGGCGAAGACUGUUGUGUCCUCCCCAUGUAACUCGCAGGGUCUCGUGAGCAUCAUCACACCUGGCUCUAGCCCAAGGAUUCCCAGGCCUGGCCCUACCAGUCCCAGUGCCUGGGCCUCAGGAGAGCCAGAGGCCAGCGUAGGAGAGGCUGGGAGCAGCGGGGAACCCAGUGACUGGGACAGUGCAGGAGAGGAGGGUGUCUUCCCACUGGACCACGAUGACCUGGACCUGGAGCAGAUCGAGAACAACUGACUUUUGGCUGAGCAGUGGUUACUGUCUGUCACCUUGGUGCCUGACCAGUGGAAGUAACUUGUGUGAUAUUUUGAAAAUUGAGGCGUAAUUUUGAUUCAGUUUUUCCUAAAGAAAUAUUUUGCAUUUUUAUGGCUUCUACAGUUUGGGAGAGCUUCUCUAUUUUGAAAUGGGUUUUCAGAGGGCAUUCUAUUAAACGUGGUUCUGUCUA